AUGCAGCCCACAGGCCUCGAGGGGCCCCGUGUGCUCUGCCGCCGUAGGCCUCUGUUUCGCCUACUGCUUCUGCUGCCGCUGCUGCCAUGGCCAGUAACCCGCGCUCAGACCACGUCGGAUGAUCCCAGCGCCCUGACAGUGCUGGAAACCACCAGUGCCCCGACCACGCCGGGCAUCCCUAGUGCUCCAAUCACGCCAGGCACAUCCAGUGCCCUAAGUCUGCCGGAGCGGGUCCAAGCCCUGAUGCGGAACUUCCCACUUGUGGAUGGCCACAACCACCUGCCCCAGCUCCUAAGACAUCUGUUCAAGAACAGGCUGCAAGAUGUUAACCUGCGCAACUUCAGUCGUGGCCAGACCAGCCUGAACAAGCUUAGGGAUGGCUUUGUGGGUGCCCAGUUCUGGUCAGCCUACACCCCAUGCCAUACCCAGGACCAGGAUGCCGUGCGCCUGACACUGGAACAGAUUGACCUCAUUCGUCGCAUGUGUGCCUCCUACUCUGAACUGGAACUUGUGACCUCAGCCAAAGGUCUGAACAGCACUCAAAAGCUGGCCUGCCUCAUUGGCGUGGAAGGUGGUCACUCACUAGAUAGUAGCCUCUCUGUGCUGCGCAGUUUCUACGUCCUGGGAGUACGCUACCUGACACUCACCUUCACCUGCAGCACGCCCUGGGCAGAGAGUUCCACCAAGUAUGAAGACCACUUCUACACCAACGUCAGCGGGUUGACAAGCUUUGGUGAGAAGGUGGUAGAGGAAAUGAACCGCCUGGGCAUGAUGGUGGACUUGUCCCAUGCAUCGGACACCUUGGUGCAGCAAGCCCUGAAGGUGUCGAGGGCUCCUGUGAUCUUCUCCCACUCAGCUGCCAGGGCUGUGUGCGACAAUUUGCUGAAUGUUCCCGAUGACAUCCUGCAACUUCUGAAGAAGAAUGGUGGCAUUGUGAUGGUGACGCUGUCCAUGGGGGUGCUGCAGUGCAACCUGUUUGCUAAUGUGUCCACCGUGGCAGAUCAUUUUGACCACAUCAGGGCAGUCAUUGGAUCUGAGUUCAUCGGAAUUGGCGGAAAUUAUGAUGGGUCUGGCCGGUUCCCUCAGGAGCUGGAGGAUGUAUCCACAUACCCAGUACUGAUAGAAGAGUUGUUGAGGCGUGGUUGGAAUGAGGAAGAGCUUCAGGGUGUCCUUCGUGGAAAUCUGCUGCGGGUCUUCAGACAAGUGGAGCAGGUAAGAGAUGAAAACAGUGGUCAUAGCCCUGCGGAGGAUGAAUUUCCAGACAGGCAGGUGGGCAGGUCCUGCCACUCCCACCUUGUGUCACAGCCUCAGAAUGAACACCUGGCCACACACCUGGAGGUGACCAAACGGCCAACCAAUGAUGUUCUCCAGAGUUCCUCAAAAGCACCCCCAUACCUUGUUCUAGGCCUCGUGGCUAUUGCUACCUCCUCAGUCCUCAUCCUAUGGCUCUAA